UUUUCCCACAACUCCCUGCUGCUGCACUCACAGAUGACGAAAAUGGUGGACAACGCAUCUUCGGUCGAGAUUGUCGAAGGCUGCCGCCUCCCAGUUCUUCGUAAAAACCAAGAACACGAGGACGAAUGGCCAUUGGCUGAAAUUUUAAGUGURAAGGAAGUGUCUGGGAGAAAACAAUACUAUGUUCACUACAUUGACUUCAACAAGCGCCUGGAUGAGUGGGUCACCACAGAAAGGCUGGACAUGAAAAAGCUUCAGUUUCCUAAAAAAGAAGCUAAAACUCCCACUAAGAAUGGUCUUYCUGGCUCCCGUCCCAGUUCACCAGAGAGGGAAGUGGUGAGUGAAAAAGUGGAUACAAACACUGACGCAGCUGUGCAGAAGAAACAGAGGAAGAGUCUAGAUCUCAACCUUCCAACUGCCACAGCUCCUUCCAGAGGCAAAACGCUCCCCACUCCGGCGGAAUGCAAGCUGAAUGUCCACCACCCGUGUUUGCCGCCGAAGAGGAAGGUAGAGAGCGUACCUGUGGCGACUCAGGUGCCCCCGGCCACCCCCGUUCCCUCUCUGCCGAGUUCAGCAGAAGCCUCCCAGGCAGCUGUUUUCCCUGCUGUGAGAGACACCAACACCUUUAAGUCUAGAGAAGACCACGACCAGCUCGCCUCACUCACAACGAACGGCACCGCCCGACGCCUCAUUCCCUCUCAGCCUGGCAGGAAGAGGAAAGCUAACUGUGGCGCAGCUGAUGAGAUGAUAAAGGUUUUGCAGUAUAACAAGCCUCAAAGUGCCAGUGUCUUUCUGCCACCACCAGAGGAUUCUCAGGACAGUUCUGACGGCAUCCCGACCGCCCCCCGCAUGACGGGCAGUUUGGUGUCAGAUCGCAGUCACGACGACAUCGUCACCCGUAUGAAAAAUAUCGAGUGUAUAGAGUUAGGACGACACAGACUGAAGCCAUGGUACUUCUCACCGUACCCACAGGAACUCACCACGCUGCCCAUCCUCUACCUCUGUGAAUUCUGUCUCAAAUACGUCAAAAGUCUCAAGUGUCUUCAGAGACAUUUGACCAAAUGUAAUUUAAGGCAUCCUCCAGGCAACGAGAUUUACCGCAAAGGCACCAUCUCUUUCUUUGAGAUCGACGGCAGGAAAAACAAAAAUUAUUCCCAGAACCUGUGUUUACUUGCAAAGUGUUUCCUGGACCACAAAACGUUGUAUUACGACACGGACCCUUUCCUCUUUUACGUAAUGACUGAGUACGAUUCCAAAGGCUUCCACAUCGUGGGCUACUUUUCUAAGGAAAAAGAGUCAACUGAAGAUUACAACGUUGCCUGCAUCCUGACUCUGCCUCCGUACCAGCGCAGAGGUUAUGGGAAACUGCUCAUUGAGUUCAGUUACGAGUUGUCAAAGGUGGAGGGGAAGACGGGCACUCCUGAGAAGCCGCUGUCUGAUCUCGGCCUCUUGUCGUAUCGUUCCUACUGGUCGCAAACAAUCCUAGAAAUUCUCAUGGACCUUAAACCUGAAAAUGGAGAAAGGCCACAGAUUACGAUCAAUGAGAUUAGUGAAAUUACGAGUGUAAAGAAAGAAGAUGUGAUUUCAACGCUUCAGUAUCUCAACUUAAUCAACUAUUACAAGGGUCAGUACAUCCUCACGCUGUCAGAGGACAUUGUGGACGGACACGAGAAAGCGAUGCAGAAGAGGCACCUGCGCAUCGAUCCUAAAUGUCUUCACUUCACUCCUAAGGACUGGAGCAAAAGGGGAAAGUGGUGAAGUCCGGGUCUGGUUCACUCAGUACUCGCACCGGGACWUCAGGCGCCGGAUCAGAUAAAACAUUUUUGUUGAGCUGCUUUCAACAAAUCUCUCUGGACCCAGGGCUUCAAACACUUGAGUUACUUGAGAUGCACAAACUUUUAUUAAAACACUUUUUACAUAUUUGUGAAUUUAGAAAAUCAUCCAGUGUGGAAACUAAUGCAGCAAAACAUAACACUGUCUGCUGCAUGGACCCUUGAUUGUUACUAAAACAAUGCUCUGACGUCGACUUGAGGUGGUUUAAAAGUGUCAAAAUAAAGCGUAAAAUCCCAAACACAAGCUUCCCAGUGAUGGCUUUAGCCUCUUGCUCCACAGUGAAAAUUUUCUGGUCAGCAAAUCCAUAUUUUAUAACACCUUGAAAAAUGUCUUUUUAAAGGCUACACCUUCUUCUAGUUCUGAGUGUCAUUCUACAUCGUUCAACAAAAUUAUUUAAAUCUGUUUAGAAUUGCUACUUUAGAUUUCUCAGWUUAGGUCAUAUUUUACUCAUCAGAGUAAAACUGCUGUUGGUUUUUCAGUCUGACUAGAUUUUUAUUAAUUUUUUUAAUUUGGUGAUUUUCAGCACACAUCUGAUGCUCGUUGGUGGUAGUUAAUUUUAAUUUCACGUGGUGGUUCUAAGAGUCUGUGGGCUGCAGGUUUGAGCCCAGKUUGCUUCAGAAAAUGCAUUCGGCGAAAAUCAAUUGCCAAAUCUUAGGUGUGUGGUCGCUUGCUUGAGCUGACAAGUUUUAAUUUAUCUGAACUAAACUAAAUCCUUUUCCAGCUGCCUUUGGUUUCAGCUCAUCAGUAAGACAGUUUAUAAAAUCUACACUUAUAUUUGUAAGAACAGAAACAGUAAGAAUCUUUGUCACUGUUGUAUUUCUUUUACUAAAAGCUGACUGCUGACCGUUCAGAUUUUAUUUUCAUCACAUUCUAUUUAAUAACUUGUUUUUCCUGUUUUUUUACACUGUACAUACUGAGAACCCAAGUCAUGCUGAACUGUUAGAUGAAUGUAAAUUUACUGUACAGUUUUUUUUAAAUCUAACAAGCUACACAACAGGAAAAAAAACUUAAAUAUUUUACUUUCUGUUUACAUGUCAAAAAUGGUAAAUUUGUUUUGUUGAAAUAAUUUGAUAUGUAUUUAUGUAAGAAACAAGUGUUACUUGAACGUUUGAUAUUGAAAGCUUGUUGAAUUCAUAAAAACAAGUCUUAAAACCUCA